CAUUAAUGGUAAUCGUCUAAUCAAAAGCCACUCUCUUUUCCAUGUUGAGCUCCAUUAGCAUUUGCCAUUUGGUAUCCAAAAAGAGGUGCAUGACAUGAACUACGCCUAUCAUCGCUUCCAUCUCAUUAACACUUCCUCUGUUCGCUAUACUCCUCUCAAUCUCAAUUUCCAAAAUCAUCACCUCACUCAAACUAGGAUUGUAGUUUGCAGUGCAAGAAAGUUUUCAAUGGAGGGUAUUGAAAGUGAGGAUAUGGUGGUGGGUGACACUCUUGCUCUUCAGAAGAAGAUUGCUGCUAUUCGUGCUGCUGGACCUUCCAAGCUUCAGGUGAUUGCUGAUUUUGAUGCCACAUUAACAAAAUAUAACAUCAAUGGCCAAAGGGGGCAAACCAGUCAUGGGCUUCUACAGCAGGGGAAUCCAGAGUAUGAUAGAAAGAGACAGGAGCUAUAUGACCAUUACCGUCCAAUAGAAAUUUGUCCAGAAAUUCCAAUUGAUGAGAAAACAAAGCUUAUGGAAGCGUGGUGGGGAAAGACACAUGGACUUCUUGUUGAGGGAGGUCUCACAUUUGAUGAUAUAAGAAAGUCUGUUGCUAAUGCCAGAAUGGCAUUUCGAGAGGGUGUAAUUGAACUGUUUCAGAUUUUAGAGAAAAAAGAUGUUCCUAUCCUAAUAUUCUCUGCAGGACUUGCGGAUAUCAUAGAGGAGGUCCUCAGGCAGAGAAUUCAGAGAUCUUUUAAAAACAUUGAGAUUGUAUCAAACCGGAUGGUCUUUGAUAACGAAGGGAACCUAUCAGCUUUUAAAGGAAAAACUAUUCAUGUCUUGAACAAGAAUGAGCAUGCCCUGGAUAUGGCAGAACCUUUACAUGAUAAAGUGGGAGCUGUGGAUGCGCCUGUUAUUGAUUAUGUUGCCAUGAAACAGAGAACCAAUGUUCUACUUCUUGGAGACCACAUUGGGGACUUGGGAAUGUCAGAUGGUCUUGAUUAUGAAACACGAAUAUCAGUGGGUUUUUUGAAUGACAAGGUCAAUGAAUCUCUUGAGAGUUACAAAAAAGCCUUUGAUGUUGUAUUUUUGAAUGAUGCCCCGAUGUCGGGAGUUGUCAACCUUCUUUCUCAGCUAAUCAAAGAUGGAUGAUGUAUUGACUACAUGCCUUGUAUUCUUUUCACAUCAAUUCCUUAAGUCAACAAUCUGUGCGUAUUGAAAAUACAACAUACGUUGGGAAUUAUGGUUUUAGAGACUAAUCAACUGCUAGCAUUUUCAACUGGGUAUAUGAUCGUCAGAUUGAGCCAUGAUCUUAGCCAAGUAUUUUACGCUUCGGUAAUCAUGAUUAUUGUUUAUUCAUGUUGACAUAAUUGUUAGAAUAAUUUAUUGUUGUACGAAUUUGUCUUCUUAAACUUAAUAACAACCACAUCUUUUCAUUAUA